UUUAAUUUUCAUGACCCACGACUCCGUGCCGUAAAACGAUGCCAUACAAUUUUAUUCCCGAGGGAAUAAUCCGACAAGAUAACAACCGCGAAAACCAUGACGGUGACGAACCGGAAGAAACGAUGCGAUGUCCGUAYGUCACACGAUUUGUCGGUGGCGUACAAUUUGAUUAACAAGCGAAACGCCGUAGAGUCAACAUUUUCCACAACGCCGGAUUUCAGCUGCGCCAAAAAUGUUGCUGACAAUUAUAGUUCCAUGACGUUACCGACACCAGAGGAUUCAACUGCUUCGUGGUUAGAUGCCGAGGAUAGUUAUCAAGUCGCAGAUUUCCUGGACGAAGCGUCACGUAUACUUCACAACGAAGAGGACUUUUCUGACACAUGUCACGACCGGUUACGAUCUGAAUAUGAUCAAUGGAAAAAAAUUCCUCACUUAAGAAUAGUUGGAAAACGAAUUCAAUAUUCAAGUGAAAAGAGUGCGAAGGAUGAUGAUAAACAAAGUUGCCAURUUGACAGUAGACCGUCAACCACCAACAACAGGGAUUUUGAUUUACUCCGCAAUCAAGUUAUAAAGAUCAUGACGGAAACUUUAUGGCAACGAAUAUUAGACAAAACUAGAAUCAAAAGUGUAUGCCAAAGACAAUCUGUGUUAGAAUCACAACAGAAUUCUUCCGGUCGAAUAGAGUCCGCAUUAAUUGUUUCAUCUAUACUGCCAGCAAACAGACCGUCAAUAAUGUUUAAAUCCCGUUCAAAUUUAGAAACGGUUAGCCAAACCAGUAGACCUGUAUGCCAACAACAAAAUACCAAAAAAUAUAAUAAAAAACCGUGGCCAAAAAGGAACGUUAAUGUUUUGCCACCAAUCGAAACACAUCAUACA